UUAAAACGUUCAACGUUUAAAGACUACAUCGCAAUACACCAAUCAGUAAUCGAUAUGUUUUAUAAAAAGAAGAGUUUUAGGCCCAGAAAGUGAUUUUGUUAAAAGCAAAAUACAAUCGUUUAAUUGACAACCUGUUUUUUGGUGAAAUCAAUAUCACUAAAACUGAACCUGAGGCCAACGACAUCGUGCGUUACUUGAAAAAAAAAACAACUUUUGGUUUCGAGGUCUCACUUUUCCUCUUAUUAACGUAGUAUGCAGCGGUGGGUACAGAUUAUCCUUGUCGUCGCUUGGAAGAUAGCGAUAGUUGGAGCACAGCGUUCUUCUGAAUUUGAUUGUCCAGAAUUUGCGCCAUGGUGUUACAUGAUAUACCCAACUAACAACGAUGGUUGGAAAUACAAAGAUCCACGUGGAGUCAUUUAUGACGGAAACGAAUAUGUUUAUGAAUCUCCAAACUGCUACAAAUUCCUAAGAGUAUAUGAAGAUGAAUGCGUGAGUUCAUGUGCUAAUGCUCAGCUUUUAUGCGAAGAAGAAGGUGGCAACAUCACCGUAAUAGACAGCAUCGACGAGUACGAACAGUUGACAUAUAAUGUGCUACAUGCCCUUAGCGUCGGUCAAAAGAGUACAUUCAGUGUUCAUGUCCAAAACCCCUUGCUAAAUAAUAUUAGCAUGGGUUGCGCAACGAUUAUGAUUGGAGACGGAUAUACAAGUAAUACUAUAAACAUAUACAGUGAUAAUACUACAACUGGUAUAGUGAACAGUAUCGUUUGUGAAUCCAUGGGAAAGUGGUUAGUCGAGGAAAGCGACGUGAUUACAAGAAUAUUUCCUGCGCCUACAACAAUUAAAUUUACGAAUCCAUUAACCGAAACCAAAUCAGAAAUGAAAGAGGGUGCUAACUUGUGGAUUGUUGGUGUUAUAACGUCAAGUGUCGUGGUCACAAUAGCAAUAAUUUUACUAAGUUUAUUACUUAUACGACGCAGGCAGAGAAGAACAACAUCAGGAAAUGGCAAACCUGUAGCUAAAGUUUAUUAUCAUCAAUACGUAGCUAAAGAUGUACACGAUGCGUCACAUAAAAUUGUUGGCCUAAAUCGAAAUACUACAGCUAACGAUGUAACAUUUGAAAAUCACGAGUCCGCAGUUGGAGUCGAAUACCACGAUACCGCAGUUCCACAUAUAUACCACGAUAUCGGAGGUGAAGGGGUAUACCAGAAUUCAGACGUUGGCAGAAGCAAACGAACUGGAAACCAAAAAUGAAUGCACAUGCCAUAGUUGGCGGUCAGACUUCUUCAUGAUGCAGUUCUCUAAGACUGAGACCGCCACCAGAAAGUUGCCGUUUACCGGACCGUGUCGAUAUACAUGAAAACAGUAUUCGCGCUCC